UGUAUAUCAAGGACUGGAUGCGAAAGAUGCGGAGGAUAUUUCAAGCAUAUAUUUAGAGGACUGUCCAUGGCAGGUGAGGAUCCCAUUCACGCGCUGUCACCGGGCAUCGGUCAUCAGACAGAAGAAGAUGGAACUAUUAUCCAAGAUCAUACUGCGCCUAUUGUUGUUUCUGAUUUGAUGGGCCAUCUUUUUGAUCAAUUCUUUACUGAAGGGGGCAAGAACGAAGAAAAUAAGGAGAGCGUAACGAUCUUGGAUGAAAGAUUCGUGGGUUGUAAUGGUAAAAGAGGAGAAGCCACCGAGAAUGAAUCAAAUUCCAUCGAUGAUCAUACUGUGGAGCAGGGUACUGGGUGGGCGCGUGAAGAAGCAAAAGAUUAUAAUGAGAAUGAGGUUGAGGUUUCUUUGGUGAAGACUGAAAGGUUCAAGAAUGAAGUUCAAUCGCGGAGAAUUGCAAUGGAGGAUGAGGUUCAGCGGCGAAUUCUGGAUUCUCUGGUAAAUUGGUUUCUCCCUAAAGAAGAAAUAGUUGAUAAUAAGAAUAAGGAGGAGGAGGAGAAAGAGGAAGAUGAUAAGUAUUCUCUGCACCGGGAAUUUCUGCUUUAUAUUCAAAAUUGGCGUGGCAGUAAAGAAACAAAAGUUAAUAAUGAGGAGAUCUUGGAAGAAAGAUUCGUGGGUUGUAAUGGUAAGAAAGGAGAAGCCGCCGAGAGUGGAGUUUUGAUGGCGGGGAUUGAUCAAGGGGGGUUCAAGAAUGAAGAUUGUAAGUUGAAUGGAGCAAAUUUGAUUGAUGAUCAUAUUGUGAAGCAGGGUACUGGGUGGGCGCGUGAGGUUUCUUCUUUGGAGAGUGAAGAUUGUAAGUUGAAUGAAGCAAAUUUGAUUGAUGAUCAUAUUGUGAAGCAGGGUACUGGGUGGGCGCGUGAGGUUUCUUCUUUGGAGAGUGAAGUUCAGUCUCGGAGAAUUGCAAGGGAGGCUGAGGUUCAGCGGAGACUUCUGGAUUAUAUGGUAAAUUGGUUUCUCCGUGAAGAAGAAUUAGUUGAUAAUGAGAACAAGGAGGAGGAGGAGGAGGAGGAGGAUGAUAAGUAUUCUCUGCACAUGGAAAUUCUGCUUUCUCUUGAUAAUGGGAAUGUGGUUUCUUGGGUGGAGACUGAAAGCUUCAAGAAGGAACAAGUGGAGGAGAUACCGAGAGAGAUGGAUGCUGAAAUGCGAGCUGAUUAUCAGAAGUGCUGCGGAAUUGCUCAGCAAGAAUCCAAUGAUCUUGUUCUUGAAAAUGUGACCGUGAGAGAAGAGAAAGUUGAUAAUGAGAAUGAAGAAAUGGAGGGGAGAAUUGCUACUGAUGAUUAUUCUGAGGAAAAAGGCAAUAAUGAGGAUGAGGAGGAGGAGGAUGGGGUUUCUCUGCAGAGGAGAGUUCCAGAUUCUAUUGUAAAUUGCCAUGGCUGUGAAGAAGAAAAGGUUGAUAGUGAGAAGGAAGAAGAGGAGGGGAGGGACAUACACAUCAAUGAAAAGGUCUCCGAGGAUGCUUCAAUGUUGAACCAAAUUACCAAAGAGCUCGAUGAGAUAGAAUUUACACUUAAGAAUGAAAAUGAUGCAAGUGCUCCUGGGAUGAUCAGAGAUGCUGCAGUACAUGAACAUAAGUCGGAAGAAGGUGUGGAAUCAAGAGAGAUGGAAUCAGCAGGAGAAUGAAGUAAAGGAGAGGAUUAACUGCUGUUGUUGCUCUUAAGCUGCUACCAUGGCCUUGCCCUUGUGUGCAUCUCUGGGGCUUCAGGUUUCUGCUUUGUUUUGCUAGUUUGUUCUUUAGUUUUUGAAUUUACAUAGAGAUAAAUGCAGUCCAAACAAGGACCAACUUUCAGUAUCUGUCGUUUAGCUUUGAUGAAUAAUAAAUAGUAUUGAUAAUCUGGUUUGUUCUAAUUGAUUGUGGUUUUUUG